AUGGAGAAGCUGGCGGCCGGGCUGGCCGGCCUGCGCUGGAGCAUGGGCGCCUUCCCGCUGGACCUCAUCGUCAGCCGCUGCCGCUUGCCCACGCUCGCCUGCCUCGGGCCAGGGGAGUAUGCCGAGGGUGUCAGUGAGCGAGACAUCCUGCUCAUUCAUUCCUGCCGCCAGUGGACCACGGUGACAGCCCACACCCUGGAGGAGGGCCACUACGUCAUCGGGCCCAAGAUUGACAUCCCCCUGCAGUACCCAGGGAAGUUCAAGCUCCUGGAGCAGGCCCGGGAUGUUCGGGAGCCAGUGAGAUACUUCAGCAGCGUGGAGGAGGUGGCCAGCGUCUUUCCUGAUCGCAUCUUUGUGAUGGAAGCCAUCACCUUCAGUGUCAAGGUGGUGUCAGGAGAGUUCAGCGAGGAUAGCGAGGUGUACAACUUCACGCUGCACGCGGGUGACGAGCUCACUCUCAUGGGGCAGGCGGAGAUCCUGUGCGCCAAGACCACCAAGGAGCGCUCGCGCUUCACGACCCUGCUGCGCAAGUUGGGCCGGGCCGGAGCGCUGGCUGGGGUGGGCGGCGGCAGUAGCGGCAGCCCGGGGGGCGCGGGGGCCGCGGGUGGCGGCGGGGGCGCCAGGCCCAUCAAAGGCAAGAUGCCCUGCCUCAUCUGCAUGAACCACCGCACCAACGAGAGCCUGAGCCUGCCCUUCCAGUGCCAGGGCCGCUUCAGCACGCGCAGCCCGCUGGAGCUGCAGAUGCAGGAGGGCGAGCACACGGUGCGCGCCAUUAUCGAGCGCGUGCGGCUCCCGGUGAACGUGCUGGUGCCCAGCCGGCCACCCCGCAACCCCUACGACCUGCACCCGGUGCGGGAGGGCCACUGCUACAAGCUGGUCAGCAUCAUCUCCAAGACAGUGGUGCUGGGGCUGGCGCUGCGCCGCGAGGGACCGGCGCCGCUGCACUUCCUGCUGCUCACCAACACGCCGCGCUUCGCGUUGCCGCAGGGCCUCCUGGCUGGGGACCCGCGCGUCGAGCGCCUGGUGCGCGACAGCGCCUCCUACUGCCGCGAGCGCUUCGACCCCGACGAGUACUCGACCGCCGUGCGCGAGGCGCCCGCCGAGCUGGCCGACGACUGCGCCAGCCCGCGCCGCGCGCGCCUCUGCUUGCCCGCGCCCCCGCGCGCCCUCGUGCCCGCCCGCGCCCCCGGCCCCGGCCCACCAGGCGACGGCGACCAGGAGUACGUGAUCCCCGAUUGGGCCGGCGGGCCGGAGCCCGCCGCGCCGCCCGCGGAGAUCCCCUACGAGGAGCUGUGGACGCACCAGGCAGCCGAGGGCCUAGUCGAGGGCAGGACCCGGCCGCUCCCGGGGCCCGACCUUAUCUCCUUCGGAGCCGCCGGGCCGCCCCGCCUGGAGCCCGAGGCGGCGCCGCCUCCGGUGCCUCCCAAAUCCGAGGCGGUGAAGGAGGAGUGUCGCCUGCUCAACGCCCCUCCUGUGCCCCCGCGGGGUGGCAGUAGCCGGCUCUCGGGUAGCCCCCCAGUACCCCCACGCUUCCCUAAGCUGCAGCCCGUCCACUCCCCCAGCUCCAGCCUCUCCUACUACUCCUCUGGCCUCCAGGAUGGGGCGGGGUCCCGAAGUGGCAGUGGCUCGCCGUCACCUGACACCUACUCCCUCUAUUGCUACCCCUGCACCUGGGGAGACUGCAAGGUGGGCAAGUCCUCCAGCCGUCCACCCCCAGGCCCCCUGCCAUCGACCACGCAGCCCAGCCAGGCCUCCCGGGCCCUUGUGGAGCCCCUGAGUAGUCGAGCUGCCCCCCUCCUGGGCGCUGACACCCCUGCCAAGACCUACCACGGCUGCCCACCUCCAUUCAAGCCCUCCCACUCCCAGAAACGCUUUGCUCCGUUUGGAGCUCUUAACCCCUUUUCCGGGCCUGCCUACCCCACGGGCCCUUCAGCGGCCUCCUCUUCCGGGCCUGCAGCUCCCUCAGGUCCCCUGGCUACCUCCAGCCCCGCUUACUCCCCAGGCCUGGGCUCUCCAGGCCAGGCCUACUCAGCAGCUUCUGCCUCCUCCUGUCCCACCUCCUCCUCUUCCUCCUCUGAGUGGCAGGAACCCUCCCUGGAGCCCUUCGACCCCUUUGAGCUGGGCCGGGGCAGUUCUCCAGAGCCUGAGCUGCUGCGCUGUCAGGAGCCCAGAGCCGUGGGGGCACCUGGGCCCGGCCUCUCACCACUUGGACCCCCCAAGGCCUUUGAGCCUGAAGGCUUGGUGUUGCGGCAGGGCCCCGCCCCACUGUCACCGGUGGCCCCGCAGGGCCCCGAGGCUGGUGGAGCACGACUCCUUCUCACCCAGGGGCGCCUCGAAGGGCCUCCUGCCAGUCCCCGGGAUGGGGCCACGGCCUGGGGAGGCCGAGAAGCCACCUCCUGGCAGCCCCCUGCUGACCUCUCUGCACUCUCCCUGGAGGAGGUCUCCCGAAGUCUGCGCUUCAUCGGGCUCUCAGAAGAUGUGGUCAGCUUCUUUGCCCGAGAGCGCAUAGACGGCAGCAUCUUCGUGCAGCUCAGUGAGGACAUCCUGGCAGAUGACUUCCGCCUGACCAAGCUGCAGGUCAAGAAGAUCAUGCAGUUCAUCAAAGGCUGGCGGCCCAAGAUCUGA